AUGGCAGCGGCGAGGGCGGAGACCGCGAGGCAGGCGGCGACGAGUCCGGCGGCGGCGAACGCGCUUAUGGCCUCUCCCCUCGCCGGGCUCGCGUUCGCAACGAGGGGGGUUCUCACGCCUGACUCCACGUCGCCGUCGUCGCUGCUCUCGCCGGAGCUCAGGAACGCGUCGAAGGAGGCGAACGGCGUGGCGUCGUGCCGUCCUUCGGGCGGCUCAGAAGUGCUGGUGACCAUCGAGUCGCUCUCAAGCGACUAUCGGCUGCAGAUGGAGGCUGCGCUCGAGGAGCGCAACAAGGAGCGGAUUCUGACCGGGCAGCCGCGGUAUGAGGAUAUCGAGGAUAUGGUGACCAAGUACCAGGAGUUCGAGGGCGAGAAGCUGGGCAUGUCGCGCGCCGAGGCGGAGGAUGCGGUGCUCAGCUACCUGCAGAAGAAGGCGCUCAUGGAUGAGGGCGCCUACAGCGGCGACCCGCAAGAGGCGCCCUCUGCCGGCAAGCGCAGAGCGGAUUCCCUUCGUAACUGUCUGCCGCCUCGGCCGCAGGUGAUCACUUUCGUGCUGCUUGGUGCGCUGGUCGUCGGCGUCGGCUAUAACCUCAUAGUGAACGGCAUACCGCAGUGA